UUGGUUGUUUGCUAAGCAUAGCGUCACCGCUUAACGUUAAGACACGGUUGAGUGUUUGCAGUGAGACUAACACGUAAUGGUUCUGCUGUGAUCUUUGAACUAUUUUCGCUGCUGAAACCAUAAAAACAGUCAACAUUGCGUCUAAAAUUCUCGUGCUAACGGAGAGCAACAUGAGCGCGCAUGUGAAUCCGGGCAUCUGUGACCCAUCCACUAAACACCUGCACCGGGCGGCUCUGAUUCUGGCACGCGGUGGCAGUAAAGGAAUCCCGCUGAAGAACAUCAAGGUUCUGGCUGGAGUUCCUCUCAUCGGAUGGGUCGUGAGAGCUGCUCUGGAUUCAGAUGUCAUUGACAGUGUUUGGGUGUCUACUGAUCAUGAUGAGAUUGAAGAAGUUGCUCAAAUCUGUGGUGCAAAAGUUCAUCGGCGCAGUCCUGAAGUUUCCAAAGACUCCUCCAGCUCACUGGAGACCAUCAAAGAGUUCAUCCGGCAUAGACCUGAGGUGGACAUUGUUUGUCAUAUUCAGGCAACUUCUCCAUGUCUGCACCCGUAUCAUAUCAAUGGAGCUCUGCAGAUGAUCACUGAACAGGGUUAUGACUGUGUGUUCUCAGUGGUGCGCAGACAUCAGUUUCGCUGGUCUGAGGUGAAGGAAGAGGGUGAAUGCACGCAGCCUCUGAACAUUGACCCAGCACACAGACCACGACGUCAAGACUGGCCCGGGGAGCUCUAUGAAAACGGAUCUUUCUACUUUUACACGAGAGAAGCUGUGGAAAAGAGCCUUAAGGAGAAGCUGAAGUGGGGCUACUAUGAGAUGCUCCCAGAAUACAGUGUUGAUAUUGAUGUGGAUAUAGAUUGGCUGGUGGCUGAGCAGAGAAUUUUGGGGUUCGGAUAUUUUGGAGAAAAAAAGAAAACAGAGAUCAGGUUGUUUCUGUGCAGUGUAUCUGGCUGUCUGACAGAUGGUCAGAUAUAUGUGUCCGUUUCAGGAGAGCAGUUUGUUGCCAUCAAUGGUCGAGACCUGGCGGGAAUUCGAAUGCUACAGAGGGAAGACAUUGAGGUGAUUCUUAUGUCUAAUGUGAAUGAGAUGGUGUCCAAAGAUCUGCUGAAGACCAUUUCUAAGCAGACAGGCUGUCAGAUUAGACUUGUGAUGGAGAAGAAAGAUCUGGAGUGUCUGAUGAAAGAGAAAAACGUGCAGAAGGAUGAGGUGGCCUUCAUGGGUGCAGAAUGUGAAGAUGUGGAGGUCAUGACGCAGGUGGGGCUAAAUUCUGUACCUCCUGGUGCACCUGUGUCACGUCUCAUUGCAGCUGACUUCACCUGUCAGAGACCAGCGGGUCAUGGGGCGAUUUUUCAGUUUGCUCAGUACAUCCUGCAGACAAAGAAAAAGACAAAGUCACAAAUGAGCGUGAUCUCAUCAAAAGGAAAAGCUUCUUUGAAUGAGUGCCUUUUUAUCUACAAAAUGUCAUCUGAGUUUGAACUUUGUCCUGGAAGAAGAAUCGGGGGCUCCAAUCCCUGUUUUAUCAUCGCUGAGAUCGGACAGAACCAUCAAGGAGACAUUGAAAUUGCCAAAAGAAUGAUCAAAAUGGCUAAGGAUUGUGGAGCCGACUGUGCUAAGUUUCAGAAGAGUGAGAUCGAGCACAGAUUCACCAAACAGGCUCUGGAGCGCCCUUAUACGUCUCCUCACGCCUGGGGCCCAACCUAUGGAGCUCACAAGCGACACCUAGAGUUCAGUCAUGAGCAGUACAGGGAACUACAGAAGUAUGCAAAUGACAUUGGCAUUUUCUUUACAGCAUCUGGAAUGGACGAGAUGGCUGUAGAAUUUCUUCACGAGAUAAAUGUACCGUUUUUUAAAGUGGCCUCAGCUGACACAAACAACCUACAGUACCUGGAGAAAACUGCAAAGAAAGGUCGUCCCAUGGUGAUCUCCAGUGGUAUGCAGUCUAUGGACACCAUGCGCUGUGUUUACCAAACAGUGAAGAAGCACAAUCCUAAUUUCACCUUUCUGCAGUGCACCAGCGCUUAUCCACUGCCAACAGAGCACAUCAAUCUCAGUCUGAUCACUGAGUUUCAGAAGGAGUUUCCAGACAUUCCCAUAGGCUACUCUGGACAUGAGACGGGCAUUCAUGUGUCUGUGGCUGCCGUGGCAAUGGGAGCAAAGGUGUUGGAGCGUCAUGUGACCCUGGACAAGACAUGGAAAGGCAGUGACCAUGCAGCUUCAUUGGAGCCAGAUGAGCUUGCAGAACUGGUGAAAGCCAUCAGGACUGUUGAGACGGCCAUGGGUUCACCAAUCAAAAAGAUGCUGUCCUGUGAAUCAUCCUGCCAUAGCAAGUUGGGUAAGUCAGUGGUGGCCCGGAUGGCACUGAAAAAGGGUGUGACGUUAACUCUCGACAUGUUGACAGUAAAAGUGGCUGAACCGCACGGUAUGGCACCCGAGAACAUCUUCAAACUGGUGGGCAAGCAAAUCAUUGUGGACGUGGGGGAAGAUGACACCAUAACUGAGGAUAUGAUCAAAUAAUAAUGAUCAGAUUCUUUCUUUAGUCAUACUGUAUUGUCAUUGAAAAGAUCUUUAUAGUCAAGAUAGAAUGAAUGUAAAUCAGUAUGUUUUUAAUGAAGGGAAAGCCUGUAUGUACUACAGUACUGAUGGAUCCUACCUUAGAUCCUCACGUGCAGAAUGUUUUUAUUUUUGUGUUCUUUAGUUUAUUUUUAAUCAUUUAUUUACAGAAUUAUUUUAUAAUCAUUAGUUAUCCGUAUGAUUGUUUAUUUGAUUAUUUAAUAUUAUUAUUUGUAUUAUGAUCAAUUUCAUUAUUAUAAUUUGUAUCAUUAUUAUUUUUUUAUUCAUUCAUUAUAUUUCUAUAUUUUAUAUGUCCUAUUGAUUUGUGUCUCAUAUUUGUGAAGAGAAUGUUUAUGGAAGCCAAAGGUUUAUGUGAUGUUGCUAUUAAGCAGUUUUGGUAUAACAGGACAUUUAUGCUGGUUUUGAACAUUGAGACAUAUGCAACUGAGACUGUUCAAUAAAACUCUGUUCCUGUUUAAUAUCAUAUAA